UUUAUAUUCCUAUCCAGCGAUGUAAGCUUAGUUCCCCAGAUGUGGAUGAGACGCGACUGGAGAAUACGAGACAGAGUAGAGCAGACAUGAACACAGCAAUAGCACAUCCUGAUUUCUUAAGCAUUAAUAGCUUCUGUUCUUCCAUUUCCAAUACCAAAACAAGUCCAUUAAGCUUCAUCUCCCAUAAAACGUUAUCCAAAACCCAAAUUAGCCACUCUUUAAAAUCACCACAAUUUCGCUUGAACCAUGUCUUCUCAUCAUUGGACAGUGCCCAUUUCAUCGUGGAGGAUGAUCUUCAAGCAUUCUUGAACAUUCUUCCAUCUGAUUUGCGUCACGUUCUUCUAAAUGAUCCCAAAAGAUCUCAGCUCUUGGAGGUUAUAUUGGACUUGGGCCGCUUGCCAGAGGCACGUUAUCUUGGUGAAUUUGGUGGACAGUAUUUAAGGAGCACUGAGGUGUCAAUGGAAGAAUUAGAGUAUGCACAAAAUGCUAUUGGAGAAUUUGGAGAUGAUAAUAGGGCUGGCAUUGAGGGGACCUUGCACAGGAUAUCUGCAAUUCGUAGUAGGAAGGGGGUGAUAGUUGGUUUGACUUGCCGAGUUGGUAGGGCUGUUGGUGGUCAUGUUGACAUGGUUCAUGAUCUGCUUCAUUAUGGAAAGAGCAUACUGUUUGUUGGAAGGCCUGGGGUUGGCAAGACUACUGUCAUGCGAGAGAUUGCACGUGUUUUGUCUGAUGAAUUUGGCAAAAGAGUGGUGAUUGUUGAUACUAGCAAUGAAAUUGGAGGGGAUGGGAAUAUUCCACAUUCAGCAGUAGGAGCUGCAAGGAGAAUGCAGGUUCCAGAACCACCUCUGCAGCACAAGGUCAUGAUUGAGGCAGUGGAAAAUCACAUGCCUGAAGUUAUCAUUGUUGAUGAGAUAGGCACAGAAGCUGAAGCUCUUGCUUGCCGCUCAAUUGCUGAAAGAGGCAUUAUGCUUAUUGGUACUGCUCAUGGAGAGCGGCUUGAAAAUAUCAUUAAGAAUCCGACUCUUUGUAACCUGAUUGGAGGAAUAGAAACUGUUACCUUAGGAGAUGAGGAAGCCCGAGCUAGGCGGAGUAAGAAAAGCAUUCUUGAAAGAAAAGGUCCUCCAACAUUUUGUUUCCUGAUUGAGAUGAGAGAGAGACAUUAUUGGGUUGCACAUCGGACAGAGAAGAGUGUAGACACGUUGCUCCGUGGAGAAAACCCAUUAGUUGAGGUGAGGAAAAGGGAUAAUCAGUUGAGGGUUGUAAUAGAGAGAUGGAAAACAUAUGAUGGAAGUGGCAUAUAGCCCUUUCUUCUUCUUCUUCUUCUUCUUCUUCUUCUUUUUAGGCUUUCCAUUUGCAUGAAGCUGAUGUUUUGCUCUUUCUCCUCACAAUAUUAUUAGCACUUGCUAUUGUAAUGGGUUUUCAUGUUUAACAGCUUACCAUUUUGUAUGAUAUAAAUUCAGGAAGGUAGUGAUUACAUUCCCUCCCACAAGGCAAAUGUGGGACUCGGGAUCAUUUUUAUCACAGAAAGUAAUUUAUAUAUCAGAAAAUAUUUUUUAAGAAAA